AGCGCGCAGCAGUAGCACCUGGAGACGGCGUAAUUCAUACCGCAAUCUCUAGCGGCACUUUAUUUACAGUCCGGACUGUAGUGCUUUUAAAGCUUAUAUUAUUUAGCUAUGCAUUAUUAAUAGUGCGUAAAGACAUGAGCGCCAGAAACAGAUCCCCACCGGACUGAUCAAUAACCGACAUCCUCUGUCAUCAGGACCACCAGCUGUAUACCUGGACGAGCGUGAAUACACAAACCUGACAAGUGCAUUUACAUCUCAAAACAAGUGGAUUUUUGUACAUUUAGAGACAGUGGGUGGUUUUAUCCGCUGUCCCGGACCGGUUUUGAAUAGUGGACUUCAUUGAGUUCAGUUCGCUCUCUGGAUACGGACACAAUGGAUCUUACACCGGUCGCGCUGCUCGUGUCCAUUAUCUCGGUGUCUCUGUCUGCGGAUAACGCCGGUGGUAAAGCGCGGAGCUGCGCGGACAUGCGCCAGUUCUACAGCGGGAAAGGGUUCACGUUAAACGGCGUCCCGCAGUCCGAGAUAUCAGGGGAACAUCUGCGCAUCUGUCCACAGGGUUACACCUGCUGCACCAGCGCUAUGGAGGAGACGCUGUCAAACCUGAGCCGCAGAGAAUUUGAGGGCCUGGUCAGGGAGGCGGGACGCUCCAUCCAGGCCUCACUUAAUGCCCAGUACAGAACCUUUGAUACAUACUUCCUUGAACUUCUCAACGACUCUGAAAGGUGGUUGGAAGAGGCUUUCUCGGCAGCCCUGGGGGAUCUAUACCGGCCCAACGCUGGAGUUUUCCGUGAACUGUACAGCGACCUGCGUCGGUACUAUAGCAACGUGCCGUUGAACCUCGAGGAGGUCUUGGAUGAGUUCUGGAUGAGGCUUCAGGAGCGUCUUUUGAAGGCGUCUGACCCCGAGACCGCCUCCCUGCUCUCCGAUGACUUCCUGGAGUGCGCCUCCAAGCAAACCGAGACCCUGCAUCCUUUCGGAGAUGCCCCGCGUGAACUGAAGGCCAAGCUGGUGCGUUCGUUCGUCGGCGCCCGGGCGUUCGUUCGGGGCCUUAAUGCGGCCGGGGAGAUAGUGAGGAAAGUGUCACAGGUUCCCCUGAGUCUGGAAUGCAAUCGUGCCAUCAUGAAGCUGGUGUACUGCCCUCAUUGCAGAGGCUUCGGAUCGGUCAAACCUUGUGCCAACUAUUGUAAGAACGUCAUGAAGGGAUGCCUGGCCAACCAGGCUGACUUAGACACAGAGUGGCAGAGUCUUAUAGAAACCAUGCUACAGGUGGCCUCCAGUUUUGGUGCCGAGCCCAGUAUGGACACUGUGAUCUAUUCAAUUCCUGUAAGAAUCUCGGAGGCUGUUGUGGUUAUGCAAGAGAACAUGGAGAUCUACACCAGCAAGGUAUUCAAGCUCUGCGGGGACCGCGGUGAAGACGGUACACCAAGCUCGAUAUCAGAAGAGCCGAAAAAGAAAGCAAGUACAGUGACGGCCGUAGAAUAUAAACCCAGUCACAAAGCUGCUGCCAGACUGGAGGUGCAGGUCACAGAUGUGUCCAGUAAACUCAAGGAAAUGCAGUUUUACUGGAUCCAGUUGCCCUCGGCUCUCUGCAGUGGGAAAACAUCCAGCAGUGAUGAAAAAUGCUGGAAUGGAAUGAGCAAAGCCAGUUACCUCCCUGAGGUCAUGGGUGACGGGCUGGCCAAUCAGAUUAAUAACCCGGAGGUGGAGAUUGACAUCACCAAGCCAGACAGGACCAUACGUCAACAGAUCAUGCUGUUAAAGAUCAUGUCCAAUCGCCUGAGAAACGCCUUGAACGGAAACGACGUGGACUUUCAAGACACCAGUGAUGAUUUCAGUGGCUCUGGAAGCGGCAUGUGUGCGGACCAACUGUGUAUUCGGGGCAGGCCGCCGGUCUUCGGGCCGAAAAACGACAGGCCCAAUCACUUCGCUUAUGGCCCCAACAACAAAAAAGUCAAGAGCUCGGCUAUACAGAUCCAGCCUUCCGUCAUCUUACUGGUUCUUUUACUCGCGUGUCUGUUUCUCAGACGGCAAUGCACAUUGUGCUGCAGCUGAAUCAAACUUUGGCAUCUUUUGGAGGAAAAUUUGGAUAGGGUGGAGCCGAGCAAGGAAUGUAAAAAAUCCAUAGAAAAAAACGAGAAAUGGUGAGCUAAUAAAAUUGCCAAAAGAAAAAAGAACCUUGUGGAUGAACGAACAUUUUUCCUCUCGAAUACAGAGGCGACCAUGAAAAUAGGGGGAGAUGGAUUUUUUUGUUUUUUAUGCUUGCGAUCUGUCAGAUUUAAUUUCUGACUUGAUACAUCAAUUGACAACUCGUUUUUUUCCCUUUUGAAUGUUAAAAGAUAAGGUGGACAGGAAGGAUGGAGGUUCUCCAAAGCAAUUUGCGCACAAUUCUUUGUUCAUCUCAUUCCCCAACUACAACUCAUGUUUGCACAAAGGUUUGAGCAUGAAUUAAAAUAUAAUUUUGCUGUGUAUUGUGUGAAGAAAUCAUAAUCUGAAAUCUAAAAAAAAUCUUUUAAAUAGUCAAUUUAAAAAUUUUGAGGAAAUAUCUUGUGUCAAAUCGUACCACAAAAUCAAAAAAGAGGAAAAUUGUAAAUGUGAAUACAGAUCUGAAGAUAUACAAACAAAACAUACAAAAAAACAAUCCAAUAAAUAUUUCUUGAGUAGGUUAUUGCUCAGACUCGCACAAAUUAUAAA